AUGGAUCCUUCCUCCCUAAACUCUCCACCAGGUUUGAUUCACUGUUUCUCAUUAAAUAACGACCAAAAUUUAUUUUCAUUUAACACCCGAAACCCCAAAAAUUUACCUUGUCUUUCUCAUGGUGAUGGCUCAAGAGAAUCAUCAGAAUCUGCUUCCAAUGGACCACUCGAUGAAGGAGAAGUCCCCAGGAAGGGAACAUCGUAUCGCGGUGUAAGGAAGCGACCAUGGGGGAAAUAUGCGGCGGAGAUAAGGGAUUCGACGAGGCAUGGCAUUCGGGUUUGGCUUGGAACAUUCGACAGUGCAGAGGCAGCUGCUUUAGCUUAUGAUCAAGCGGCUUUAUCCACACAGGGUCCGAAGGCAGUGCUCAAUUUCCCCAUCGAAAGAGUCCGGGAGUCUCUUCGGACCAUGAAUUACGAUUGCAAGGAAGGUACAUCGCCGGCCACAGAACUAAAGCUGAGGAAUUAUUUACAAAGGAAAUCGACGGACAAGAGAAAUAAAAAGAAGCAGCCGCCGUUGCAGGCAAAGAAUAAUGUGGUGGUGUUAGAAGAUUUAGGGUCUGAAUACUUGGAGGAACUUUUGAGCACAUCUGAAAGUAGUAGCUCUUGCUUAAAAAAAAUUAAAUUAGCUUAA